AUGGGAAAUGUCAUUGGGAGCUAUGUGUUUGGCGCAUCACGUGGCAUAAAAUACCUAACCCUAAAUUAUGAGAUUGAGCAUAUCGAGAAUCCGAUGAACAUUUCUGCCUACGAUAGAAUAGAGAAUAGUUUAAAUCACCUUCGAGAGUUAAAGAUCAAGAUGAAAAAUUUCCAGGACAUUGGAACCUCCCUAGAAAUAUUUGUGAUUACUCGUUGCGCAACCCACAUUAGACAAAUAACAAUUGAUGCACAUUGCAGGAUCGAUGAUGAGGGAUUUUGUCUGGCAAUAUCUCGCCUUGUUUCCAUGCAGAAGAAUCUUUGUUCCCUGAGGUUGACUGAAAGGUGGGCGGACGUGGCGACACCUUUGAUCUACAAGGCGAUUCAGACGCAGUCCGAGUCUCUGACGACUCUAGAAUUUUGUGAGUUUAGAAAUUUACAGGCGUUGCUAGAGCUCCUAAGUAAUUGCCCUAAUCUAGAAACAUUGUUCUUGACCGAACAUUUUAGCAUACAAAAUGCACAAGAAAUGUAUGAUUCCAUCGACUACCUGCCACCAAUUCACAUCAAACACCUGAAAGCCUACAAUAUCUUGUUUCCAAAAAUUUCCGAUUUCACUUUGAUGAUGCAAACACUCAUUCAGCUAUCGAGUAAACGUUUAAAUACCAUAAUGCUGCAAUUCUCCGAUUCGAACAUUAUCAGUGAUAUAGGUCAAUUUUGUCCCCAGAUCACUUUUCUGUCGUUAACCAUCACCUCCAAUGAACUCCAUUCAUUAUAUUCCACCCUACCAUUGUUGACCUCACUCGAUUACCUGCAUCUCGUGUUCGCGCAUAUAGAGGGCUCCAUCGGUUACAUCAACGAUCCGGUUCUUCCGUCCGACGAAUCCUUGGAAAAAUUGGCUAGAUCUUUUCCCUCAAGGUUAAAGUACUUGGCCAUUUACUUUGGAAUUCCACCGUACAAGCGACCUAUAUUCGACCUACCGCGUUCGCUAGCCAAAAUUCUCGGUAACAUAAAAAAUCCUCUUGAAAAGUUGGACAUAUAUAAUGAGAUGGAUUUGACAUUGAUGUGCGUGAUUGCGGAUUACGCGACCGAGAUUGGAGGGCUGAAGAAAUUGGGAAUUGUCGAUGGCUGGAGGAACGAGGAAUUAUUUGAACGGGUGAAAGAUGUGAUUGAGGUGAUCGGCAAAGCGUACGUGUUUGGCAUUAAUUAUAAUAAGCCUUUCUACAUUAAUCGAUCAUGA